GUGGGCGUGGCUGGGGCAGGGUGUGGUUGAAAGCAGCAGGUGGGUGGGGUUUCAGUGAGUGGUGGCUUUUACUCUCAGUUAAAUUGAGAGCUGAGUUUCCCAUUCACUUCUGGUUUGUUACUGCCAACACACACACACACACACACACACACACACACACCUUGUUUUUCUGUUUUUUUUUUCUCUUCAUGCUGCUGGAAACGGUGUUUAAAUGAAGACCUACAAGGCUGAAGCUCAAAAACAGGCACUUUAGCUUGGAGUAGGCUCAGAUUUGGAGGAUAUUUGGGCUGAGUGUUUGGCACAUUGGGCCUGAGGUGUGAGGUAACAGUUUACAAAUCGGCUGAAGUGACACAAGAAAGAUGAUUCAGGAAGUGUUUUCAAAUCUCAUGAGGUUCUACGACUACCUCCUCAAACGAACAGAUGUGCGAGUACGGGAUUACCCGCUGAUGCAGAGCCCGAUCACGAUGACCCUCAUCUUACUGAGCUACGUGUUUCUUGUACUGUACGUCGGGCCGCGCUACAUGGCCAGCCGCAAACCUUACAACCUCAAAACCCCCAUGGUCGUUUACAACUUCUCCAUGGUGUUCUUCAACGCCUACAUUGUUUACGAGUUCAUGAUGUCUGGCUGGGCGACGACGUUCACGUGGAGAUGUGACCUCAUCGACGUCUCGACCGCCCCGCAGACUCUCAGGAUGAUUCGAGUGGCCUGGCUGUUCUACUUUUCAAAAUAUGUUGAACUUCUAGACACUGCUUUCUUUGUGCUGAGGAAGAAACACAGUCAGGUGACGUUCCUGCACAUCUUUCACCACUCGGUCCUGCCCUGGAGCUGGUGGUGGGGCAUCACUCUCACUCCAGCCGGGGGAAUGGGUAGCUUCCACGCCAUGAUCAACGCGAUGGUCCACGUCAUCAUGUACAGCUACUACGGCCUGUCCGCAGCCGGCCCGCGCUUUCAGAAGUACCUGUGGUGGAAGAAAUACAUGACCGCCAUCCAGCUGACUCAGUUUAUCGUGGUGUCUGUCCACAUCUCUCAGUAUUACUUCAUGGAAAACUGUGAAUACCAGGUGCCCAUAUUCAUCCACCUCAUCCUGAUGUACGGCGUGCUGUUCUUCAUCCUCUUCUCCAACUUCUGGAUCCAGGCUUACAUCAAGGGCAAGCGGCUCCCGGUCGGCAGCGACGACAAACCCAAGCAGAAUGGCUGCGCUAAUGGUACCGAGGCGGCCAUGUCGGCUAACGGCACACACCUGGAGAACGGCGGCGUGCACUACACUAACGGGUUUGCCGUGAACGGGAAAGUGAAGGAGGUAUGAAGGAGAAGGAGGAAAAAGAAACACUACGGAAGCUGGCACUAGAAGGGCUAGCACGAAGGACGUGGCGAGAAUGAUCAUAGUUCCUGGGUUUGUGGAUGUUUUCGUGAGAUCACGGGCCACGUUUCUGUUCACCUGCCUUACGGUUGUUUUUUUUAUUUUUUUUUUGUAUUUAUUUGUCCACGGUGCAUGAAGAGAAAGAUGUCCAGCUUCACAGAUGUCACGUUGACUUUUGUGUUUUUAGCACGUAUGAUUCUCCCGGUUUCUCGAGACCAUGCAUCUGAAAUGAGUACGACUGUAAAUAAAUAUUUGUGCAAAGUUAGGUAGUACGGAUGGAAUGGCUCUUUUUUUUUAUUAUUUUAUUUUAAAUGUGUAUAACUUAAAAAAAUAAACCACUUUUAUAUUAAUCGCUGCUUUAAAGAGUUCAUUUUGCAAAAGGUAGCUAAAGCUCAUAAAACGUACUCGGGCUCGAACGUACGGAUGUUUCAGCAGGAGGCGGAGCUUUCAGAACUGACAUGCAAUAUGAUCGACAGGUGAACGUAGUGGGCUUUAGCCUGAUUGGUUGGAUGCUGGUGGUCCAUUUCACAAUUUCACUAAACUCCUGGGGUCAUGUGUUAGAUGUUUUAGGCACAUGCAAAGAAAUGCUGUAGAGGAAAUAUAAUGACGUUAAAUGUUUCUUCACUUAAAAAAAGUUACUGUAAGAAAUAGUAAAUUAAACAGUCAGUAUUUAGUGUGACACAAAAAUAAAAAUAGUCUGGGUACAAUUAAAGCAGUUUUAUAAGGAAGAGA